UGUUUUGCAACGACAAAAACAAGAGUUUCUAUUGGACAAAUUCAGGUUGGUCCCGUUCUGUUUGUUUUCUAGUGAAUACACCCCUGUUACCUGUCCUGUGGUAUGGUUAGCCCAGGCAGGCAGGCAGGCAGCGCAGGUGAAGGUGUGUCAUACACUGAAACAAGCUCUGCUCUGCCCUUCAUCACCACUCAUUUCUCUUCUUCUGGGAUCACGUGGCUCGGUAGCUGAAGUAGGUGCGUUUUCUUCAGUUCUGUUGAUAACUGCCUGAGUGGGACAUUCUGGGUCCUGCUCUGGUUGGGGAUAUGCAUCCUAUGGACACAGUGGAAGAUGUGAGAAACAUCCAACAGUCCUUAUGGGAACUCCACACGCUGCUGACGGACCUGCCUGAUGACAUGCUGGAGGACAGCAGAGAUUCCUCCUCUCUGGACCUGGACUGCUCUGCCUGCAGCAACACAGACACACACAACAGAGCCAAGCUGUGUGAGGUGAAUGGAGAGAUGGUGGCAGUACAGGACUGUUACAUCUCACUCUGCAAGGACGAAGACCGGCUGGAGGAAAACCUGCAGGGAAGAAGAAUGGACGAGGAGGAGAGGAGAGAGAAUGAGAUGAUGAGGUCCUGGGCUCAGAGGUUCGAGGCUGACGCCAGAAGACAGAGACCUACAGAAACCCAGGAGUCUUCCUCUCAGACUGAUCUCACUGAGAAGGAGGAGAAAGCCUGUCAGACAUCCAGCUCUGAGAGGACCAAGGCUGCCCCAGGCUGCACUAUGGAGGAGCUGGACACCAGGCUCUGGGAACAGAAGCUACAGCGAGAGGCAGACCUGGCUCGACGCAGGGCAGUGGAGGAUGCUGGGAAACGAGUCCAGAGAGAACUACAGGAGAAACACCUGGAGGACAUGGCUAAACAGGUUGAAGGAGCAGUAAGCCGAGUCUAUAGCCGAUGGCUCCAGGACGUCCCCUCCCUGCCGGGGUACAAGGCAACGCUCCAGAGAGAACGAGAGAAGUGGGAGAAGGUGCAGGAGAAACACGUUCAACAACAGAUGUCCCUAGUCCUGACUGUAGCAGAGGAGAGGCGGCAGGAGGAGAGGCCUAGGAGUUCAGGACAAGUCCAGAGGGUUGAGGAGAUGCAUCGCUGCAGCCAGCUGGAGGAGAAGGAUCUGAAGACCGAGGUGGAGGAGGUGGCCCAUCUGCAGAGCCAGGUGGCCCAUCUGCAGAGCCAGGUGGCCCAUCUGCAGAGCCAGGUGGCCCAUCUGCAGAGCCAGCUAGACCGUGAGAGGGAGGAAAAGGCUGCCCUGCUGAAAGCAGAGAUGGCUGCAGCCAGAGCCUCCUGGAACAGAGAUAAACAGCAGGAGAUCUCCUCACUGCAGGCCUUCCAGGAGGAGCAGCUGAAACGGGCCCGGGAUGAGGCGCAGGGGGAGGUCGAGCUCCUCCUUCAGAAGGAGGCUGAGCUGCAGCAGGCUCUGAGGGACCAAGAGGAGGACUGGAGGAGACAGGAGGAGAGCAGGGGCCAGGAGCAUAGGCAGGCCAGAGAGGAGAUGCUCCAGGAGCUUCAGGCUGGGCUGAAGGAGGUGCAGACUAUGCUCCUCAAAGGAGGAGCCCACAAAGAGAAGGAGAAUGGAGGAGAGGUGGAAGGGAGAUGGAGGACCAGUGGAAGCAUUAAAGAACUCCUCAUGUCUACGUGUAAAUACCUAAUCUCUAAAGCUGUAGCCCAGGCCAAGAUCGAGUGGAAAAGGAUCAGUGAGGAAGGGCUUGGCCGGGUGCUGAAGGAACGUCGGGAGCGCCAGGAGAAAGAACUCAACCAGAUUCAUAAUGAUCACGAGGUGGCACUAUGGAAGGAGAACCUGCAGGAACUGGAGGAAAUGAAAAGAUGUGCAGAAUCGUCUGGGUACGAAAACAUGACUUUUGACUCGUCCAUAUUGGAUAGUGCUGAGCGAUUUUAACCGAAUUUACGGUUAUUUUUCCGUUUUUUUUAAAUACUAAUUGACUGACAUCAGUUCAAUUAUUUGAAUUUCAUUUUGUGUGUAUAUAUAUAU